AUGCUUUCUUCAGAAAUCGACUUCCACAUUGGUUUGGAUCUUUCUGAAGAUUAUCGUGUGGCUCGGAUAACCCCACCACCGUUUUUUGAUCUUGUGAAAGCAAUAUGGUACGAUCCCAAAAUUAUAUGGAUGCUAUUGAAUUUAGCAAUGAGCAAGGAUAGCCCUCUCAUACGUGCUGGCAGUAAUCCUUCAUGGAUACAAGUCUCUGGUCAGUGCACUGUGAACAAUCCCGAGCAGCAUGCAAUGGAACAAGCGGCUGCGCUCGGCAUAGGGAACGCUCGUUCCCUAGCAGAAUUGUUCAACUUGGGUUUCAAAGUGGGCAUCCACUUAGGAUACCUUAAAAUACCAUGGAAGAGGUAUUACCGUGUGGCUCGGGUAACCCCACCACCGUUUUUUGAUCUUGUGAAAGCAAUAUGGUACGAUCCCAAAAUUAUACGGAUGCUAUUGGAUUUAGCAAUGAGCAAGGAUAGCCCUCUCAUACGUGCUGGCAGCAAUCCUUCAUGGAUACAAGUCUCUGGUCAGUGCACUGUGAACAAUCCCGAGCAGCAUGCAAUGGAACAAGCGGCUGCGCUCGGCAUAGGGAACGCUCGCUCCCUAGCAGAAUUGUUCAACUUGGUGUGUAUCAACUAUGGGUAA